UUGUACUAAAGAAGAGCAGAAAAAGCGGUCGGCAUGAACGAAGCGGAUGAUCUUCGACAGCACAGCGAUCAAAAUCCUGAAGAAAAGCCGGAGAUGCAACUGCUCGGAGCCCUAAAGCUGCAGGACGAAAUAAACCGAAGCGCAGAUGUCCAGCAGCUGAUUAAAGAAGAGAUGCCUCAUGAAUGGAGUCCCAGUGUGGAGCAGAAGGUCCCAGAGCACCACCGCAUAAAGGAGGAACAGGAAAAACUCUGGGACGGUCAGGAGGGAAAGGCAUUUAUUUCUGUAAAAAGCGAAGAUGAAGAAGAAAAACCUCAAUUCUUAGAGCUUCACCAAAGCAAAACUUACAACAAUAGCGAGGCAGAGCCUCCACCCAGCAGCUCAGAUAAACAGAUGAAAACAGAAACCGAUGAAGACGACUGUGGAGGACCACAGCCUGCCAAGAACCCAGAUUCAGACAUUCAUUCACCUCUUACAAAGGCUUCUGAGUCUUUUGAGAGUGAAGUCAGUACUGAUGAUGAUAAUGAUGAAGAUGAAGACUGGCAGACAACUUUAUCAGAUUCUGGAACUGAAACUGAUGGUACUGACAAUAGCUGGAAGCACACCAGGGCACCUGAUUGUAAAAAUCUAGUUAGCUGUUCUGAGUGUGGGAAACAGUUUAAGCAAAAGCAAUCUCUUAACAGCCACAUGACAAUUCACACAGGAGAGAAACCAUUUGGUUGUGAUGAAUGCAGUAAAAGAUUUCGUAAUCGGAGUGGUCUGACAGCUCAUGUGAAAGUUCACACGGGAGUUAAACCGUUUAGUUGCAGUCUUUGUGGUAAAAAGUUCUACCAACAGGCAAUUCUGAACGCACACAAGAUAGUUCACACUAAAGAACAGCGAUUUGGUUGCAGCACUUGUGGUAAAAGAUUCAAACGUCAAGGUGAUCUGACCGUGCACAUGAGCGCGCACGCAGAAGUGAAACCAUUUGGCUGUGGUCAGUGUGGCGUGAGAUUCACACGACAGGGAAGUCUGCUGAGGCACACUGUGCUCCACACGGGAGAGAAACCAUUUCAUUGUGAUAUUUGUGAUAAAAAAUUUUACCGAAGGGCACACCUUAAGAGACAUGCACCCGCUUGCAGGAAUGCUCACGCUGUUGUGUGCGACAAAACAAAGAAACCGUUUGCUUGUGAUGAAUGUGGGAAACGUUAUAAGAGAAACACACACCUUAGGAGACACAUGGUUGUCCACACAGGAGAAAAACCUUUUUCCUGUAGUGCCUGUCGUAAAACAUUUUCACGACAGGAAAAUCUGAAGAAGCACAUGAAAGGCCACAUAUAACAAAAACUGCACGAAGACUAACUGUGUGGUUUGUGUUGGUAAGCGACACGCAGGAAAACAAACGAUCAGUUUUUCCUGAUUUAGAGAAAGAAAUAUGUUUUUGUAAAAGCUUUUUAUAAUGUUUAAAGGAGAAAUGUGAGAUAUUUUUCUACCUUUCUAUUAAAAAAAUACCAGCUUUGUUUUGUCAUAUCUAAAUAAGAUUGUAUUUUAAUAUUUUAAUACUAUAAUACUUUCCAAUGCCCUGGGUCAGACCAGAGGUUGUAAUGGCAGAAAUUAAUUAUUUGGAUAGCUGUGCUUAAGGUGAGAUCGGAACUAUCAGUAAUGUAUUGAUUUGUUGAUUUGUUGACACAGAUUCCAAUCGUGGGAUCCAGAAUCCAGACAAGUUUACAGAUUUUAUGUAACGUGUUUUUGUUUUUUUCUGGAUUUUUGGUCGAUAUUCUGUUUCUCUCCAUUAAAAUGAAUAUUGCCAUAAAACUUUUGCAUGGAACAAUCAAUGAGCUCAUCACUGCUUCUGAUGUUUCUGCUAGAGCAGUGGUCCAACUAUGAAUAAUUAUAGAAGAUGUAGACUGGAAAAUGUAUUUGGAGUACACAUUUUAUAAUUACAACAUUACAACUGCACAUAAGAACUUAAAGCUGGGGUCACUUUCUUGAACUGUAUAUAAAUAAAAUGAAGCCAACCAGCACGGCAAGAAAAGAUUCAUUUCCUGUGGUGUGAGGACCUUGCACUGCAUUUUUUCCUUUUCAUAUUUUUGUUACUUUAUUAUUAAAUUUCUUUAUUUAUGUUUUCAGUCGUUUAAAGCUGAGUUUAAAAAAAAUGUCACUAAUAACAGUGACAUCUGGUGGACAACUAAAGGCAAUACAACUUAAACAUUGGC